UGUUGUAUUUUAAUUUUUAUUUCAAAAAUAUGACUAAGUAAAAAAAAAUAAUAUGUUUUAAUGUCGAUUUUGGGUUUUAUACUUCUCCGGUGUCUACUACACGUACAUAUGUAUUAUUUAUUCAUAACCUAUGCUAUUUAAAUUUGUAUAACAGGUAUUCAAUAUAUUACAUGCUUGUAAAAAAUGGUUUUAAGAAAUAUAGCUAUUAAACUUUGUAAAGUUACAUCAUUCAGAACAAAAUCAAAUUUUGUCCCACAACAUAAACCAGUACAGUUAUCGGAUGUUAAUAUCUUAACAAAUUUUAUUAACGAUCACAAUAGAAUUCUUGUACUUACAGGUGCUGGUAUUUCUACAGAAAGUGGUAUUCCUGACUAUCGAUCAGCUGGUGUUGGUCUUUACGCAACUAGUAAAAGUAGGCCAGUAGUUUUUCAACAAUUCGUUAAAUGUCAAGAGACACGUAUCCGAUACUGGGCACGAAACUUUGUAGGCUGGCCAAGAUUUUCAUCUAUGUUACCAAAUUAUGGACAUAAUUUUCUAAAAAAAUUAGAAGAUGAUAAAAGAACUAUACAUAUUAUUACUCAAAAUGUAGAUAAUUUGCACACCAAAGCUGGUAGUAAAAAUGUACUUGAAUUGCAUGGAACAGCAUAUAUUGUUCAUUGUUUAAAAUGUGAUUUUUCUAUUGAUCGUCAUAAAUUUCAAGAUGUUUUGAUGAGUUUGAAUCCAGAGGUGUCUAUUACAGAAUUAUACAAUUUAAGACCUGAUGGUGAUGUUGAAUUAACUCCGGAACAAAUUGAUGGAUUCAAAAUUCCUAAAUGCCCCAAGUGUGAAGGACAUUUAUUGAUACCUAGAAUUGUUUUUUUUGGAGAUAAUAUUCCAAAAAGAAGAGUUUUGAAAGUUAAUGAUCUUAUAGAGAAUUGUGAUUCUCUUUUUAUUUUAGGAUCAUCUCUUUUUGUUUAUUCAGGGUACAGAAUAGUAUUGGAAACAAAAUUUUAUAAGAAACCGAUUGCUCUAUUAAAUAUAGGUCCAACUAGGGCUGAUGAUGAUGUUGACAUUAAAAUUGAAGCUAAAUUUGGAGAAAUAUUGCCAUUAGUCAAUCAAAAAAUUGUUAAAUUUGUUCAAUAAAAUAAUAAUUAUUGUUGUUAUUAAAUUUUCAUAAAUUGUUCUAAAUAAUACAUGUAUACAUUUUUAGAAAAUAACAUUCAAUAGUUGACUCGCUAUUAAGAUCCUAUUUGACAAAUUUUACUUUUUACAGUUGAGAUAUAAUUCUCAGCUAGAAUGUCAAAAAUGUUUUAAAUAAAAUUGAUCUGUUUAUUUUAUAUUUUUUACAUCAAUGUUUUUGGGCUAGCUACACACAUUUUUUUUGCCUAUCAAUUUCACAACACCAUUUUUGUGGUUUGCUUCACCAUUACCCAUCCUAUCAUCCCUUCAUAGGUGCAAUUCCAAUAACAAAUUUGAGGGGGCUUAAGCUCUGCAUUUUCCAGGU